AUUCGUGGUCCCAGUGUCAGAUGGAGAGCAGUGGGGUUCGCGGAAUGAGGAGCACGUAAACAAGAGAAUCUCGGGCCACGUUAGAUUAGCCAACGGAUUGGGUGGCCAGCAGCAGGAUGAUCCGGCCCUUCGUCACGCUGCUAUACUUCCUGCUGACCAGUUCGUCCAUCGUCUUCACGGCCUGCGUGAACAAUGUGACGGGCACCAGUUCACCCGGACCCGGUCCCAGUACCUCGCUGACCAGCGGGCACAUCCAUCGCACGGCGGCAGCCAUCGAAAGGGUCAACAAACUGUGGUGCUUCGCCUGCCACACGAUGGAUGAUGGGGAGGCCUGCGUGGAUGUGGCGGUCCGUAACGAUUCCGCACUGAUGAAGAAGUGCCAGGGCGAGGAGUUCAUCUGCAUGGUCAAGCGAUUCUCGUACACCACCAGCACGGAGAACUCCACCAGUUCGCCCAAGAUGUGGUCAUUGGACCGGCGAUGCACUGCCAACUGUGAGCCCGGCUGCAUCAUCAUUGGCGAGCGGACCAAGCUGUACUCCUGCACCUCCUGCUGCGAGGAGUCCUUCUGCAAUACGGGCCGAGGUGCUGCCUCCGGGAUCUUCCAUCGCGAGGACACGGGCAUUGGCACACGGCUCUUUUGGCUGGCCGCCCCCUUCUUGGUCAACAUGUCGCUGGUCCUGUACAAGCGGCACGCCGGCCACGUUCUCCUCAAGCUGCAAUAGGCCUCCGGGUCACCUCACAGAAUUUAAUGCUCCACACUGAACUCAACUCCACUAAAUGCCAAAUCCUAGCUAACUUUAGUUCGAUGUCUCCUGUAAUGUAGAUAGGCCGGGUGAUGAGAAGACCCCACAAAGCGAGAAAUCAUGAAUUGGAACCUCGAUUCCGUAGGCUAGUACUAAUAUUAUAUUUACCAUGGAUUACUUUUAAUUAAAAAUAGAUUU